UACUAAUUAUUUUUCUGGACCCGUCCAGUAAUGACACAGACAGAUUUUUAACACAUUGACUUGUGAAAUCCUUAGAUAGGACUUUCCUAAACAGAAACAAAAAAUUGCUGUCAGCCAGGAUGGCCUUGCUAAUGGCCAUCCUAGUGUUGACGUUGCCAUGGCAACUUGCCUGUGCCAAUCAGUGCACUAGAUAUUUCGAGAUGCCAGGAUUUGCUCUGUUUGGUCACGUGAUCGAAAGACUAAGCAUGCGCAAUGCGGAAGAAUGUCACAGGGCAUGCGCAUCCGCCAAUGGUUGUGUCAGCAUCAACCACUAUGGCGCAACAUGUGAGCUUAACAGCAAGUCUCAGUUUACGGCACCCCAAUCCUUCGGUACUCGUCCUGGUUCCCAUUUUAAAGUCGUCAAACGCGAGCAAAGCUGCUCUAAUCAGCUCUGUUCCACCGGCAAGGAAUGCGUGAUGGACGGGUCUGGCCGGACCUACUCGUGCAAAAACAUCGUGACGGUGUUUGUGAAGUCCGAGGGGCCCGAGGCCCCAGGUCGUACCGGACAGAACGGGACUGCUUUUAUUCAAGCGCACCAACAAGAGCUGAGUCCAAAGAAACCUGGUUUUAAUAUUGUGGCGAUUCACCUUGGAAACGGGUCCAUUCAUUCGGCGAGGAAUUUUGAUAUUUUGUAUGGCGUGGGCGAAGACGUGGCCAUGGAAAGUUACAUGACAUCUCUUCCGGAUAACGUGAUAGUGCUCGUUGCUGUACAGGAAAGCGCAGUGCAGGAGAACAAAUCACCAAGCAACGCUACAAUCAACGCCCUCAAGAAUGUGGUGUCCUUUGCAAACUCUGAUAUGCCCGGCUACCGGCAGCCCUGGGUCCUAAUCGGUAGUAAAAAUGGUGACAUUGGUCCUACUAGUUUAUACAUAUCUACAGGAAUUGCUGGCACUGGGUCAGUAUCUAAGAGCUUAGUCAUCUCUCACAACUAGCCAGGGCCCCCUACAACCCACACUACGCCCCCUGGACUACUAGGGUCAUUACAGAAGAGAUCCACUUUCCCUACACCAACCCCUGAAUUUCUAUUCCCUGGUGGCCACACUUCCCUCCCCCAGAAUUUCUAUCCCCUGGUGGCCACACUUUCCUCUCCCUGAAUUUCUAUUCCCUGGUGGCCACACUCUCCUUUCCCUGAAUUUCUUCCAAACGCUGGCCACACUUUCCUCUUCCUGAAUUUCUAUUCCCUGGUGGCCACACUCUCCUUUCCCUGAAUUUCUAUCCCCUGGUGGCCACACUACCCUUCCCCUGAAUUUUUUCCAAACGCUGGCCACACUUUCCUCUCCCUGAAUUUCUAUUCCCUGGUGGCCACACUUCCCUCCCCUAGCAAGGCGAAAUACAGGGUGGAAAAGCAGUCCCCUCCCCAAGCCUCUUGUGGCCAAAAUACAGUUUGAAAACACAUGGUGUGGACCUUUUCGGGAACACACAUUCCACGUUAUCUCAUUCAGAAUAAUAAUUACCGUAUUUGCUCGAAAAAGCGUGCUUUGAUUUUACAUGCCAAGGAGAGCCUUAGGGUAACUGUACAGGACUUACUGUACCAUAACAUAAACUUAGAAGAUUGUGUAGGGGCCUCACCAUUUUACAAAUGGCGAGGCAUCAUCCAAGUAUGAAAAUAAACUAGUAUUAUGCAA